GCUGCGGCUGCUGCAGGCCCGGCUGCAGGCGUGGGCGGAGGAGUACUGCACAAACUCCUGCGAUCAGAACCUAAACAAGUGCCUCGAACUCAUUGAGCAAGUUGCCAAAGUACAGGGACAACUCUUUGGGAUCCUCACGGCAACGGCCCAAGAAGGAGGACGUAACGAUGGUGUGGAAACAAUCAAGUCACGCCUUCUGCCUUGGUUAGAAGCUUCUUUCACGGCUGCUUCCCUGGGAAGACCUGUCGAUAGCAAGGUCCCCUCUCUACAGGAUACGUUUGAUAGAGGUAGACAGAAAGAGAAGGGCCUUCGGGAUCAAGACGUACAACAGUUAAACUACAGCUUGAGCUCCACCCGUAGUCAAGUCAACCAGGUUCAAGACGAUCUGGCUGAAACUGGAAAGGCUGUUGAAGAAACCAAGAAGAGCUCGGCCAUAUCCCUUUUGGCUGCAGAGGAGGAAAUAAAUCAGCUAAAAAAGCAGCUUAAAUCCCUUCAAGCCCAGGAGGCCGCCCGCCACAGGAGCUGUGCACCUAGGCAGCAGGAGCAGUGCAGAAUUGAGCAGAGGGGUUUGGCCAGGCAGAAUACAGAUCAACGAGACGCAGAGGCGUACGGGGUCUAUGAGAAACAGAGCCAAGACAUGAAAGACGAAGUAGCUGUCCUGUCUGCAGAAAAAUCUGGUCGCCAAGGAAGGUCAUCCAGGAACCAGUCUCCUAACCCUGAGGCUCAGGGCCGCAGUGACAACUACGGCCGGAGCAGGUCUGCCAGCCCCUGCACCGCCAUCGCCAAGAUCAGAAGCCCGUCACCAAAUCGGUCCAGACUGUCCAGUGUGGCUCGCAAGGCCGCCCUCCUGUCCAGGUUCAGCGACGCCUAUUCGCAAGCCCGCUUGGACGCACAGUGCCUGCUGCGGCGCUGCAGUGUCAACACGGAGACCGUGCAGCGGAUCAUCUACAUCGCCACUGUGGAGGCAUUCCAUGUGGCUAAAAUGGCAUUCAGACACUUCAAGAUCCGGGUGAGGAAGUCAAUGACACCAUCUUACGUGGGGUCGAAUGACUUUGAGAAUGCUGUCAUGGACUAUAUUGUUUGCCAUCUUGAUCUAUAUGAUUCCCAAAAUAGUGUUAAUGAUGUGAUCCGUGCCAUGAAUGUCAACCCCAAGAUCUCAUUUCCUCCCGAAGUCGACUUUGGCCUCCUCAGUGAAUUCAUCCAGGAGAUAUGCUGUAUUGCCUUUGCCAUGCAGUCGCUGGAACCGCCCCUUGACGUCGCCUUUGGGGCCGAUGGAGAGAUUUUUAAUGAUAGCAAGUACCGCCGCAGCUAUGACUCCGACUUCACGGCUCCCUUGGUCUUCUAUCACGUGUGGCCUGCUCUCAUGGAGAACGACGGUGUCAUUAUGAAGGGAGAAGCCGUCACCAAGAGAGGGGCUCUUUGGAAUUCGGUGCGUCCCCUAAGUCGCUGUCGAAGCAGGAGUUUAAGUCCCAUUUACUCCCGUAACCGCAUUGGUUUAAGCACGAUAUCUCGAAGUCGGAGCCCUUCUCCCACAAGAUGCCUGUUGCCAAGGUUUUAAAGCCACCAGAUGUGUUCCUUUGCCACAGUUGAUCGUAGCAGCCGCCUUCCUCAGAGGCUCCGCCCACCUGCCUCAUGUGCCUCCAGCCUCACUUAACAUGAUGUGAAAAGUGUUAAAUGCUUUGGCUUAGCACGUUUGUAACUUCAGAUGUAUCGUAUUUUAUUUUAUUUUAUAGACACAGAUUCCACCAACUUCAUAAAAAUGAUUGCGUAGGUAUUUAGGAUCAUACUCAUUUGAAGCAAAGUCCAUCAUGAAGUUUCAGGAUUUCCAGUCUGUAAUAUGAGCCUCUAUCGCAGUUACCUGAACAAAAGUGGACAGUCUUUACCAUGUUGAGUUCAAAAGAAAAGAAUCAUUUCACUUACAGAUUGAGGAUAAAUGUUACCAUUGUUGGUAUCAGGUUUUAACCUGACACUGACAUUGGGCAUUUUAAUAGCCUUUUAAGGUUUGGAAGACAACCUCAGUCUCAGAUUGGGAUAGUUACAGAUCGGUGUCAGGGACUCCGGGCUCAAUGCAGAAGGUGAUAAUUUAAAAGAAGACAGUUAACUUGCCUGUGUGUUCUUACUUUGAGAGCUCCUGGCUUGAGUUUGUGAAAUACUGACCACUGAAGCUACUUAUUUGAGAGAAGUUUCUUGCUUCAAAAGUGCAGAACAGUGGUUUGAGUAGAAGUCACCCUUGAGAUAAAUGUUAAUCACUUUGUGUUUACCCGCUAGGAAUGUUUCGCUGUUUUAAUGCAUAUUCCCUGGGGUAUGAUGUUUACCUAUUCUACCCAUUUGUUUGCAAAUUCAGACCUCCUGUGACCUCAUCUGACUGGAAGUGUCUGAGCUCAAGUCCUAGAACUAGGGGCAUCACUUAGUGAUUAUAAAUUGAGCUUAUCUCCCUUGACUUCUUCCUGCGAUGUGCUCUUAAAAAUUCACAUUCAAGAUAAGAAUAACUGUUGUUUUCUUUAGGUAAAGUUUUUUCUAUUUUUCCUUUUUCUCCUACUUUAAAGCCAGCCUUACACACAAGCUUCACUACUGUUGACUGCUUUUUCCAUUUACCUUUCAGAGACCCACUUUGAAUUGGCCAAAACUCAAUUUGCAUAAGCUCAGUGCCAAAUCCAGCACCAAAAACAUCCAGAAACAACUUCUGUAGAAUGUCGUACCUCUGUGCUGGGUGCUGGAAGCGGGUAGAAGGACGCCCUCGUCCUUGCCCCUUCUGGCGCAGUGGUCAGCAGCUUAAUCUGAGUGGGAUUUCAACUUCUCUCCCUCUUGGUGCGUUUGUGGCAUCAUCUCUGCGAGGCCAGGUGGUGUGCUGGAAGGGGCACUUGGUGUCUGGAGAGCCCCUGGCCCUCCUUGGUCAUGUACUUGCUGUGUAACCUCGAGCUGGUUCCUUCUCAAGUGCAUGGUAGAGCAAGCAGGUUGGAUGAAAUUAGUGGUUCUCAUAACCCUACUAGGCCCAGUGUCUCUUUUCUAGCACACGUUUUAUUCUGGAUAUCUUGGAAUGAAAGCCAGAGUUAGCUGUCUGUACACACAUUUAACUUACACUGUGAAUGUAAUACUGUUACUGUAAAACAAAGCACAGAAAAGAAAGUGAUUUUGAAUGAAAUAUAUUUCAAUAAAAAGCGUGGGAAGUAGUAAGUUAGAAACAAGGGCACUGCAUCACUCCCAUCUCUACAUUCAACUGUAAACCUUACCCCACCCUCACAGUUACGCACGCUCCCGUAGUCCUCAGACUGGGAAGUCGCGUGAGUCCCCUCCCCUCUGUCCAUUCAGCAUGGACGCGAGACCGCCCUGAUUAUUAUUCAGGGUUAGUGUUGGGAGGUUGCACAGAUGCUGACAUAGAAAAGAGGAACAGCGGGAGGCACCUAAGACCAGUGGGCGUCUGACCCUAAAAUACUGGAAGCCUGAGUUACAAAGCCUUCUUUUGCCACAUGGCCCUUCUGCCCAUUCCUGCUGCUGCCCAUGAUCUUUAAUAAACAUACUGCAUACUAUGAGG